GAUCGUGCUUCGUGAGGAUUAAAGUGUGGCAAUCAUGUCUGUGAAAACGAUCGCACCACCGCAAACCUAUUCGCGCCUGUUCCGUCCGUGGGAUGCCGCGGCUGAGGGCAUCAGGGAUAACAGCCCCAGCAAGGCCAGUGAUAGUGGAAGUGAUCGUACCGCGAUAAAAAGUGAACCGUGUGAAGCGACCAUCCGUGCUCGGCUGGACUUGGACAGUCCGAUGUCGUCGGAGCCCAAGUCUCCGAUGUACAGUCCGGCUAAGCAUUCGUUGAUCGGAACUCCGGAAUUGGAUACCACCGCGGCCUUCCUGAACCACCCGACGGAUCUUGCUUCGUACUAUUACUACUGCAGUCAACAGCAGCAGAAACUUGGCGUUGAACUACUUCCUGCCGGAUUCAACUUUGCCGGACUUCCGGUGGACCCGCUCACGUACGACCAGAUGGAGCAGGAAUACUUCAGGGUACUCAGCGAGGACGCCAAAGCCAAGCUGCUCAGCAGUCGCAAGCAACGGCCGAAGAAGUUCAAGUGCCCCCACUGCGAUGUCGCCUUCUCCAACAACGGCCAACUCAAGGGUCACAUCCGGAUUCAUACCGGAGAGCGCCCGUUCAAGUGCGACGAACCGACCUGCGGCAAGACCUUUACCCGGAACGAGGAGCUGACCCGCCACAAGCGCAUCCACACCGGAAUCCGGCCGUACGCGUGCCAAACCUGCGGAAAGAAGUUUGGCCGCCGCGAUCACCUCAAGAAGCACACCAAGACGCACAUGCCCCAGGAGCGGUACACGUACGGACUUGCGCCGGCAGCGAUGCUGAUGCCGAUGUACGGAGCGGCGGCGGCGGCCGCGGCCGUUGCAACACAACUUUAUGGGUAUUGAGCGGGAGAGAGCGGGGUAGCAUUAAGUGAACUUGUCAAGUGAUAUGUGUUGGGACCAGUGAAGAGGCAACUUUUUUAACCAGAUGAAACCUAUUUUUGAUAAAGUGCGCAGAAAUGUAUUAACUGAGGUAUU